GGGAGGGAAGAGUGGAGGACGCUUCCUGAGGGCGCGCUGGGCGGAAACCAUGACAGCCACGCGCGCGCGUGUGCGUGCCUGACUCCAGCGCGGCCCCGCCACCCGGAUCGGCCGCUGAGAGGUGCAGCGCGCGCGGGCCGCGGGUGCCUAGGAUUCCUGUGAAGGGGCGCCCGGAUCGUGGCCAGCCCGAGGCCGGGAGCACUGGGCCGCGUCCACCCUGUGGCCCUUUGCUGCGUCUGGGACUGUCCCUUCACUCUCUUUCCGCUCUCAAGGCGGGGUCCUCACGGCCCAUGCUGGCCGCUGGGGACCCUCUCAGCCUAAAUCUCUCUUGGGCCGGCCCGCCGGCCACCAUGGUGGCCCUGAGGCCUGCGCAGCUCCUCCAGGGGGGCUAGUAGGUCCAUAGUGAGGCCUAGGUACGAAACUCCCAGGCCUGAACCCCGCGCUAUGGCCGGAGCCAUCGCUUCCCGCAUGAGCUUCAGCUCGCUCAAGAGGAAACAGCCCAAGACCUUCACCGUGCGGAUCGUCACCAUGGACGCCGAGAUGGAGUUCAACUGCGAGAUGAAAUGGAAAGGGAAAGACCUGUUUGAUUUGGUGUGCCGGACACUGGGGCUGCGGGAAACCUGGUUCUUUGGACUGCAGUACACAAUCAAGGACACUGUGGCCUGGCUCAAAAUGGAUAAGAAGGUCUUGGAUCAUGAUGUUUCAAAGGAAGAACCGGUCACUUUUCACUUCCUGGCCAAAUUUUAUCCCGAAAAUGCUGAGGAGGAACUGGUUCAAGAGAUCACACAACAUUUAUUUUUCUUGCAGGUGAAGAAGCAGAUUUUAGAUGAAAAAAUCUAUUGCCCUCCUGAGGCAUCAGUGCUCCUGGCUUCCUAUGCUGUCCAGGCCAAGUAUGGUGACUAUGAUCCCUCUGUGCACAAGCGGGGAUUUUUGGCCCAAGAGGAAUUGCUUCCAAAAAGGGUAAUAAAUCUAUAUCAGAUGACUCCGGAAAUGUGGGAGGAGAGAAUUACUGCUUGGUAUGCGGAGCACCGAGGCCGAGCCAGGGAUGAAGCUGAAAUGGAGUAUUUGAAAAUAGCUCAGGACCUGGAGAUGUACGGUGUGAACUACUUUGCAAUUCGGAAUAAAAAGGGCACAGAGUUGCUGCUUGGAGUGGACGCCCUGGGGCUUCACAUCUAUGACCCUGAGAACAGGCUGACCCCCAAGAUCUCUUUCCCAUGGAAUGAAAUCCGAAACAUCUCUUACAGCGACAAGGAGUUUACCAUUAAACCACUGGAUAAGAAAAUUGAUGUCUUCAAAUUUAAUUCCUCAAAGCUUCGUGUUAAUAAGCUGAUUCUCCAGCUAUGUAUUGGGAACCAUGACCUGUUUAUGAGGAGAAGGAAGGCUGACUCUUUAGAAGUACAGCAGAUGAAAGCCCAGGCCAGGGAGGAGAAGGCUAGAAAGCAGAUGGAGCGGCAGCGGCUUGCUCGAGAAAAGCAGAUGCGGGAGGAGGCAGAACGCACCAGAGAUGAGUUGGAGAGGAGACUGCUGCAGAUGAAAGAAGAAGCAACAAUGGCCAAUGAAGCUCUGAUGCGGUCUGAGGAGACAGCUGACCUGUUGGCUGAAAAGGCCCAGAUCACAGAGGAAGAGGCUAAGCUCCUGGCACAAAAGGCUGCAGAAGCUGAGCAAGAGAUGCAGCGAAUCAAGGCCACGGCCAUUCGAACAGAGGAAGAAAAGCGCCUGAUGGAGCAGAAGGUGCUUGAGGCCGAAGUGCUGGCAUUGAAGAUGGCUGAGGAGUCAGAGAGGAGGGCCAAGGAGGCUGAUCAGCUGAAGCAAGACCUGCAAGAAGCCCGUGAAGCAGAGCGACGAGCGAAACAGAAGCUUCUGGAAAUUGCCACCAAGCCCACAUAUCCACCCAUGAACCCAAUCCCAGCACCACUGCCUCCUGACAUACCGAGCUUCGACUUCAUUGGUGAUAGCCUGUCUUUUGACUUCAAGGAUACUGACAUGAAGCGACUUUCCAUGGAGAUAGAGAAAGAAAAAGUGGAGUACAUGGAGAAGAGCAAGCAUCUGCAAGAGCAGCUCAAUGAACUCAAGACGGAAAUUGAGGCCUUGAAACUUAAAGAGAGGGAAACGGCCCUGGACAUCCUGCACAAUGAGAACUCAGAUAGAGGUGGUACCAGCAGCAAGCACAAUACCAUUAAAAAGCCUCAAGCCCAAGGCAGAAGACCUAUCUGCAUUUGAGUCCUCAAACUCACUUUGCAGAGUGCCAAGUCCCGAGUGGCCUUCUUUGAAGAGCUCUAACAGGUGACCUGGCCAACCCAGGAUCUGCUACUUCUGCUGCUCCCGGCACUAACACUGACAACUAACACCGACAACGUGGUCCUGACGCCGUGGGAACCAUCCAUUAGGGUGCUGGCUUGUUUGGGUGUUCCCAUGGGAGCUCCAGAACUUUCCCCAACUGAGUGGAGGGCCCAGCCCCCUUCAUGUGCAAUUGCCUUUGAACUAUGGCCCUGUAGAGAUUUCUCUUGUACUGUUCUAGUUCUCCUGACCUGCAGUUUUUGUUUUUUGUUUUUGUCUUUUGAAAAGUAUUUGUUGUCUUGCAUGGGAUGCCAUCCUUUCUGCAUCCUAGGCACUGUGGUGUAAAUGUCUCAAUGCCCACCGCUGAUCUCCAGAACCCAGUCUGGGAAGUGGCUAUAGGGAGUGAAGUAUGAAGGCUAACAGGAUCCCGAAGGCUGGUGCUAACACCCCUCCCCCAGCAGGGUUCUAGGCCAUCCAUCCCUCUCAGUGAGGACCUCACACAGUGCAGAAGCAUGGCCUGCCUGAGCUCAAGACCAGCAACGAUGGGUCCUUAGCCAGGCACCCCUGAGGCAGUACUGUGGCUCCCUGAUAGCAGGAAGCGGGCAGGGCAGUUGUGGCUGGGAAGAGAUUUGAGGAAGAAGCUGUGAUGAAGGGCUAGUGACAAGCUGAGGGACUGGGAGUUGAGCGGAGCCAUGCAAGAAUCUGAUGGUACAGUGUGCUCACCACCCUCAGCCUUGGCCUCCUGCCUGUGGUAGGCCAGGGGCUUCUUAGCCAUAUUCUCAUCAGUGCCUGGAAACCCAGCUGUGACCAGGGCCUCCACUGGUUCCCAGGCUCUAUAUGUACGUCUCACAUGCCCCAGCAGCAUAGAGCUCCAGAGCCCUGCUGCUGGUCCAAAUCAUCACACCCACCACCGACCCCAGCAUGCUCUUCCUAACUCUCCAUUUGCCUUUGUCCUUUCUUUUCUGAGCCUGAUAUGGGUGUUCACUCAGUCAGUGGUCACACAGGUUGGCACAUGACUCUCUGUGCUGGACAGCAGAAGCAUACUCUGUGGCUCAUGUACUCCAUGCCCUGGGUCACCUUCUGGCCUUUUCUCUGAUUAGUGUGACCAACCAGUGCCCUUCAAGCUCUAAGACUUGGGCUGUGUGAUUCAGCACAUGUGAUAAUGCCUCAGUCCAUGAAAAGACACUUAUUGGCUGAGGCCUGCGGGGGUGGGGGGGAUCUGAGAGCAGAGGCAGGCCCCACAAUGCCAUCUGGUUUUGAGAAACUGAGGCACUUUGCCUUGAUUCCGCUAACUGGCUGCCCCUUAGUUCACCUUGCCCUGGGUAGCCAUUCCUGAGUGUCAUCCCAGCUGCUUUGAGCAUCUAGGGUGGAACUGUAGUCUGGAACCUAAGGCUUGGGGAAAAGUCCUCAGGAACUAAAGCACCAGGUGUUUGCCAAGUGUUCUGUUCUCUGCUCUAUCUUUUCAGGCCUGAAAUCCAUCCUGAAUUUCUGCCAGGACUUUCUUUCUUCCCUGUCUGUAAAUUUAAACUUUAACGGUGGCUUUGGGGCAUAGGAGCAUGAUGGUGGUUUAUAAAAAUGAUGUCGGGCCUUGUUUUUUAAUUUAACUGCUGUGUGUAUCUCUGAAGUCUGAAAUGCCAAGCCCCGUGGCCAUGUGAGAGCCACUGGCAUCUGAGCCAUGGCAGGUGCAACUGGUGCCUGGAAGGGUGGGUGGGGGCUGAAACUCUCAACCAGGAACACCUCAGCUUUCCCUAGACAGGGAGUAUGAACCCCCAGAGUAUUUCUAGUACCUCAUCUUCAGAGACUUGUGCCUGGUGAACAAUUUUAAAGGCAAGGAAGGAGGUCUCUGAAAUUCAAGGGAACUGGGAACUGGCCCUGACUAGUUCGUUACUAACACAUCAGUAGCUCAGGCAGAGGCACCAUGACACUGAAACAGCAAGUCACUGCCCAUCUCAGGAUGUUGAGGUCUCAAUGUUGGCCCGUGGUUGGUCAUAUAUCCUGAUGGAGGCUGCUUCUCAGCCACAGCAGCUCUGUGACCUAUGGUCACCCACAAUUAUUCAUGUACCUGCAGGCCUUCUAGACAAUACCCGUGGCAUUAUAUAACACUACUGAGUGACUGUUUUGUCAUCUUUUAGUCAGAUUUCUCUUUUUCCAAAAAAAAUCAGAAACUGACAACCAGCAACAGUGACUAAAUGUUCCUUGCCAAUUUGACCAAAGCCUUGAAGCCCCUGGCUUAAGCAGCCUUAGUAGGGAAUUCAGCCUCUCCUAGUUACCCUGGGGCCAAGCCAGCCCUUCUGGGUUUCCAGGGACACGCUUUCUGUUUUCAAAGAUAUCGAGCAGUUCUUCCUGUAAGGCCUGUGUCACUCCUUCCAUCAGGGCCAGAACAAGAAGCUGUAUUCUGUUUAUGGGUGAUUCUUGUAAUUUAAGUGAUUGUUUUAAUAAAAAUUCUAAGCUGCA